CCCGAAGCGACCAAGCAUCUUUGCGUUGCACCCUCGCACUACCCUACCCUGCCCCUGGCCGGCAGCGGUCAGGCCGGCGUCUCGCCGUUAUAUAAGCGCGCACCACGCACCUACAGACCACACAAACACGUCAAGCAAGCAGCGCAUUCUCGAGGGAUUCUGAUCAGUCUCGGCCUCUCAGUCUCAGGGAAGGAAGAAACUCGGUGUCGUGUGACCAAGAGCUCGGGGGUUAAUUAGUUUAGUCGGCAUGGAGUUCGAGACGAUGGCGAGCCAGCACGGGGCGCUGCUGAAGGUGGGGCUGUUCGUGCUGGUGCAGGCGCUGGUGUACCUCAUCCUCGCCCAGUCCUCCUCCGUCUUCUCCACCACCAAGACCCUCGGCCUCCCCCCGGCGCGCUCCCUCAGCGCCCGCCGCAUGGUCGCGCUGCUCUCCGACCUGCCGCUCGGCGGCGAGCCCUCGCCCCGCGCCGGCCCCGUGGAGCCGUCGUCGCCCGUGGCCCUCGCUCACCAGAAGAAGGAUUAGUUCAUAUUAGCUAUUCAAACCAUUCUUUGAUUGAUUGAUUGAUUGAUUGGUUGGUUCUUUGGGACUGGAUAUGUAAACUGAGCUACACGCCCUUUGGGUUUGUACAAUUAAGUGACCACACGAGUUUAUGUUCUGGUUA